GGCAAGCAAAGCUGGGAAGCAGUUGUUGAGGCUCGAAACUCCAGCGAUUCGGCUCGGCAGACAGGAGGGGGGAUGGAUCCCGUGGAGGCGGAGGAGCAGCAGACGGAGCCGCCGGACGACGAGGCCUACGCCGAGGCCGAUCCCACCGGCCGCUUCAUCCGGUACGAUGAGAUCUUGGGAUCGGGUGCCGUCAAAACAGUCUACAAGGCCUUCGAUAAGCUGGAGGGCGAUGAGGUCGCAUGGUGCCAAACACGGAUUGAUGAUUCUGUCAUGGGUUCCUCAGACAAGAUGGCACAACUGAAUACGGAGAUCCGUCUGUUGAAGACGCUGAGGCACAAGAACAUUCAGAAGUUGUUUGCCUCAUGGAUUGAUGAGGACAAGAAGACAGUUAACAUCAUCACAGAGCUCUGCACAUCCGGCAGUUUGAGGCAGUUUCGUAAGAAGCACAAUAAAGUCGGUAUGAAGGCUAUGAGAGGAUGGGCAAUACAGAUAUUGACAGGGCUGGAAUAUCUUCACAGUCAGAAGCCAGCGAUUAUCCAUAGGGAUUUAAAGUGUGACAACAUAUUCAUAAACGGUCAUGAUGGACAAGUGAAGAUUGGUGACUUUGGUCUGGCGACAUUUUUGCAUCAACGGAAAACGAGAAGUAUCAAAGGCACAUUAGAGUUUAUGGCACCAGAACUCUUCACCGGGAAUUACAAUGAGUUGGUGGAUAUAUAUUCAUUUGGGAUGUGCAUGCUUGAAAUGGUGACGUGUGAAUAUCCAUACAGUGAAUGCGAAGGCAAGCCAUGGAUAUACAAGAAAAUUUCUGAAGGUAUAAAACCAGCUGUGCUUUCCAAGGUUGAAGAUGCAGAAGUAAGAGGUUUCAUAGAAAUCUGUUUGGCUCCGGCAGCUGAAAGACUUUGUGCAAGUGAGCUCUUGAAGAACUGUUUCCUCCAGAAAGACAAGCCUAUCCCAGCGCCUCCUAUUUCAGUCUCUCUGGUCUCGAGUGUGACUAAAGAUGGGCGGCAGUCUGCCAGUUUCAUGCUAUGGAAGGGUGAAUUCUCACUGAAAGGCGAUAUGCAUGUCACCGACCAUGUUAAUUUAUCGCUAAGAUUUCCUGAUCCCAGUGGUUGUUUUAAGAAUGCCGAAUUCCCGUUCGAUGUGGACCAAGAUACCAGCCUUUCUGUGGCUCUGGAAAUGGUCGACACUUUUGGAUUGCCGCAAGGGAACAUGCAGAUCAUAGCGCAGCUGAUUGAGGUGUUCUUGCUCAUCCUGAUCCCUGAAUGGGUGCCCUGCGUUGCUGUCGGACGGGUGGUUGUGGUUCCUGAGAGUGCACACAGCCACAGCUACAUCUCCAAAAUUAUCAUGAACUGCAGGCAGCUCAGAUUGGCCGUCCUAGGAUAGUUCUGCUUUCCCCAAGCUAGUGUAUCUUCAGUUUGUUUUGUUUAGUCAGAUGAAUUUGGCCUUGCUUCAGCCUCUGGUGCGGCUCAUAUUACAGCGCCCACUCGAUGUGCUGCUAGGCAUGGCAUUUUUCGUUGAUGAUGGUGAAAGUUAGUGCACAUCUACUAGAUUCAUUGAUUGAGAGUAAUUGGUUGGCAGUAGUUCGAAUGUGUCCCUUUUUUUUCUUUAAAUUGUUGUGUUCAAUCCAAUUUUGAAUGCUAAAAUUUUCCUGGUUCCCUGGUGAAA